CUAACUGACCAGAAGAACCUUGUAACCUUCGGUGGACUUGGCGGCUACGGCGGCAUCGGAAGCAACGGCCUGCCCGUUGGCGGAGUUGGGGCCGGGAUAGGCGUUGCUGGAGGCUUCGGUGGGACCGGAGGCGUCGGCGGCGUCGGCGGGUUGGGAGGACUCGGCGGCUUGGGUGGAACCGGUGGCUUGGGACCUUUGGGAGGCAUUGGUGGCGGCGUUGGCGGUGGUGUAGGUGGCGGUGUUGGCGGUGGUCCCGGUGAUCUUCCACUUCCCUGAAGUAACAAGUACGUAGAAUACUAGUAGUACGCAGUCAUGCCGGCGCCGGCUCGUAGUUGUUGUGGUGGGGGCCUUAAUUGGCUGCUCCUUUAACUUGGGUUAGCUGAUUAACCAGGUCUUGUAUUGGGGUUUGUCUCUGUUAGAUUUCAACUUUAAUGUUGUUCGCUUUAAUUUGCUUUGUAAUCUCCUAUCUACGGCUUGUCCUAGACUAUCAAAUAAACUUAUCUUAUAUGCUA